AUGGAUUCCUUUGUGGACAUCACCUCUUACGGCCAUGGAGCGUUCAAGGUCACCAUCGUCGCGGCAGUAUUAAUCGUCAUGCAAAUCUUGAUGGUGGGAGGGCGAUUCGUCUCACGAAAGUUGCGAAAGGUUCCCCUUGCAGCAGAUGACUACGUGCUGUUAACUGCAGCCAUCCUCACCGUCGGACUAUGCGCGCUUGCUCUGGCCUUCCCAAGGAUAGGAGGUAUCGGAGCUCCCAUUGUGAUAACACAGAUGGAGGAGUUAUCGGAAGGCAAGGUCCUCGGCCAGAGCUUCAUGGCCUGGUUGAUCCUCUACGGCCUCUCCAUCGCGCUGUCCAAAUGUGCCAUCCUCCUCCUCUACCUCCGGGUCUUCACGACAAGCAACAAAGCAUUCACCACCUGCGUCUACCUGACGGGCUCCGUCGUCGUCGCCACCGGCAUCGCCAACACCUUCGCGGCCCUCUUCCAAUGCUCCCCCGUCGCCUACGCCUGGAACAAGUCCCUCCCAGGCGGGCACUGCAUCGACGAGGUCGCCUUUGCACGUUCCAUGACGCUCCCAAACGUCGUCACCGGAGCCAUCAUGCUCGUCGUGCCCUUGCCCCUGUCGUGGAGGUUGAACCUCACCCUUUCCGCUCGCGUCGCGUUGACCGCGACUUUCUUGCACGGAAUCAUCAGUGGCUUCGUCGCCAGCUGCGCCCGCCUCAUCAUCUUCUUCCGCACCAACCCGUCCGCCUUCUCAAACGACACCUCCCUCGUCUGGACCAUCUGGACCAUCAACGAGCCCGCCAACUACAUCAUCGCCGCCUCCCUCCCCACUCUCCGGCCCCUCUUCCUCCUCCUCCUCCCUCCUCCUCCCCUCCUCCUCCUCCCUCGUCAUCCUCGCCAACCCCGCCGCGCAAAAGAUGCCGCCGUGGCCCCCGACGCGGUGGGGAGGAGCCGGGGCCCGUGGAUGAACGCGGUGGGAGGGGCGGUGGUGGUGGAUGGGGUGGUGGUGGUGGUGGAUGGUGAUGGGGGCGUUGGGGACGGGAACGGGCGGCGAAGGGCGGUGAUGCGGGCGCCGGGGUGUGAGGAGGGGGGUUGGUGGUGGAGACUGUUGUCGGCCGAGACGGUCGUUGGUGUUUGA